AUGCCAAACAAUGAAGAUGCGAUAUUGGAAAAUAUUAUUAGUUCGUUGAACAAAUACCAAGAAAUUGCAGUUAAAUUUGAUUAUAAUCAGGCUUUGCAAGUUAUAGCUGGUCCAGGUACUGGUAAGACAAAAGUACUGACUUCAAGAGUUGCCUACAUGUUGUUGAAACAUAAAAUCAGACCGCAGAACAUCAUUGUAACAACAUUCACUAAUAAAGCUGCUAAAGAGAUGAUUGAUAGACUGGCUAGUUUACUUAAAGAAACAGACAUAAAAGUCAGUGACUUAAUGAUUGGUACCUUCCAUAGUAUAUGCAUGAAAAUAUUAACGAGAUUUGGAAGUAGGAUUGGAUUACCAAAUGGUUGGAGGAUUGCAGACGAAAAAGAAGUUGAAACAAUAGUAACUGACUUAGUAAAACGAGUUCCAGAUCAAAUUAGAGAUUAUGCAAAUAGUAGGACCAGAAAAGUUAACUUGUGUGUUCCUAGUAAGAAUAAUAGUGAUGAAUGGGUUUUGAAUGCAAAGGUUAUUAAAAAAAUAAUAGAAAAGUUGAAGACCGAUGCAAUUAUACCUGAAAGUUACUUUAAACUUGAUGAGCAUGAUCCAGCAUUAGCAUAUUUUUAUAAAGCUUACCAAGAAGAACUUCAGAAGUUAAAUGCAUUAGAUUUCGAUGAUUUAUUAAUGUUUGCAUUCAUAUUACUCUCUAAAGAAAGAUGUUUACCUAAUAUACGGCAUGUUCUUGUAGAUGAAUUUCAAGAUACGAAUGGUAUUCAAAUCGACCUAAUGUAUCUAUUAGCUAAAGGUAAUCAUCAUCAAUCAAGAGGGGUUACAGUUGUGGGAGAUCCUGAUCAAAGUAUAUAUGCAUUUAGGAAUGCAUUAUCUCAUAAUUUUAAUGUCAUGUCAGAGAGAUGUCCAAUUCAAAUUUCUCAAGUUAUUUUAGAAGAAAACUAUCGUUCUUCACAAAAGAUUUUAGAUACAAGUGAAGUAUUAAUCAGUCAGCAGACGAAAGGUAGAACAAAAAGAGUACCUCUAAAAGCUCAGUUUGAUAUUGAUUUUCCUCCAGUAUAUAUGAAGUUUCCAACGAACUUUUUACAGGCUCCUUCACUAAUAAGAGAAAUGUUAUAUUUAAAGUCUCUGCCGUCUCUAUUCACGUACAAUGAUUUUGCAAUACUAGUUAGGCAAAGACGACAAAUUAAGAAUUUAGAAAAAGCAUUAAUAGAAAAUAGAAUUCCUUAUAAGAUAAUUAAAGGGCACGCAUUUUGGGAAGCUAAAGAAGUUAUAUCUAUGCUAGCCCUUAUCAAAUGCGUGUAUUCUGACAAUGACAAGAGCUCUAUCAUAUCAAGCUUAUUGUAUCCCUCUAAGGGCCUUGGCCAAGUAUCUGCAGAUAGAAUAAAAUCUAAAAUCGAAGAGAGCGGCAACCUUGCCCCUUUCUUGGUAUUAAAAAUGAUUGGAUCAGGUGAACUAACUUGUGAUGUUCCAGAUAAGUCAGUAAAAGUUGUGAAAAAUUUUAUAUCACUAAUUGAAGAAUGUAGAGGAAUGUUAAAUUCACCAUCUUCUUCAUUAUAUAUUAAUCUGUUCAACAAGCUCUAUGAAAAAUCUGGUUUGAAACAUGAAUACCUAUAUGUCGAUGGUAAAAAGAAAUCAGAAGUUAAUGAUGAUGAUGAACCAAACGAGAUGAAUCCCAGGCAUCAGAAUAUCUUACUAUUAAGGGACUAUUUUACAGGGAAUAAAAAUUCUAAUUCAACUGAUCCAUCUAAUUUUAAGAUUAACCAACAAGUUUUGAGUCCGCAUGAAUAUAUUAGAGAGUUUUUCAAUGGUUUAUCCUUGAAUACUGUAGAUAAUAAUCAAGAGAUUGAAACAGAGGAGGAAAGAUUUAAAAGAGAGUUGCUCGAUAGGGAAGGUUAUGUGACUAUCUCAACUAUUCAUAGUUCAAAAGGUUUAGAAUGGCCAGUAGUUUUUAUACCGGGAUGCGAUGACGGUAUCAUACCUUGUAUUUUUAACGACGAUACUAAGGGUGCAUCAUCUGAUUCAGAUGACGAUGAUGAUGAUGAUGAUCAUAAGAAUGGUAAAAAUAAAAAGAAAUCAAAAGUAAAUAGUACAGAUGAAAAUGAGAAUGAAGAAAGAAGAAUGUUUUUUGUCGCCCAAACUCGUGCUAAAUUUCUAUUAUACUUAUCAUCUGUUGAAAGUAUGGAUGAACAGUUUCCCAGUAAAGCGAGCAGGUUUUUGACUCCUGGGUUAUUGGCCACUAUGGCAGAUGAUCAACGAGUAUUUGCCAGCAUUGAAAAUAUUAAGCAAUUAUAUUUAGCCAUGAAAAACAACAUGAGCAUUCCAGAACAAUUUUCUUUAUCAACGUUAGUGAAGGAUUAUAACAAAUUUGUAGAGAAUAGAAGGGAAUUCUUUUAUUGGAAUGAAAAUAUAGUUCGUGAUAUUAUGCGUCUGGAUUUAAAAACCAAUUCAGUAGAUAUAAAAAGCAAUCCUUUUACCACAGCUGCAUUUCAAUUAGGACUUGAUAAUAAACCAUCCAAUAAAGUGCGUAAAAAUCAAUAUAGUCCGAAGGGUAAGGAAAGAAUUAAGGUAAAUAAGAGUCCUGGGAAAGUAUACGCACCUGGCAAUGAUAUCUCUCCUUUUAAAUCAACUUAUAGUAAAAAGACCACAUUUGCCCCACAAUAUACACCUUCAAGGACUAUAUUUGAGUUGGAACAAAACACAAACCCAAAAUUUGCACCAAAAGUUAAAAAUAAUACUCAGUCUUCUAAACCAGUGCUAAAUAAAAAAACUUCUCCAAAGAGGAGGUUAUUUGUAUCUGAUUCAAAUGCUCGUGUAAGUUCUAAUCUAGGCCACGAUAUGUCAGCAUCAGUAAAAUCAAAUCCCGAUGUAACUAGUAAAGUUUCAUCCACAUCAAUUCGUGCAACUUCAAAAGUAGGUAGAAAAAUUUGUGUCAGUGCUAUUAAUAUUGACGACAAUGUUCCGUUAACAUCUCAAAAACUCGAAUAUACUUCAGAAUCUAAUUCAAUUAUUGACACCACGGCUGCAGAAUUGCUUCAUAAUCCAAAUGACUCUUCGAUCGACAAUCGUCCAAUAAUUGCUAGUGCUAAAAUAUUAGCGGAUGCUGUUAAAAAGUCUAAAUCAACUAAUGAAGGAAAGUCAGGUCGAAAACCGAAAGUCAAACAAGAAUUGAAUGCUAGCCAAUUUGAUAUAUUUACGCAACUAUCCAAAGCCAAAAAGAAAGCUAAAGGAAAUAAUAGUGAAAUUAUUAUCAUUGAUUAG